CGUUAUACCACGCCUCCGCUUGCCCCGAUGUCCCUCUCAUCAGAGCAACCGACCCUUGUUGUUCACCAUCUGAACAACUCGCGGUCUCAGCGCCUGCUAUGGCUCCUGGAAGAGCUCGAGGUGCCUUACACCAUCAAGAAAUAUCAACGCGGCGAGGACAUGCUUGCGCCUAAGGAACUCAAGCAGAUCCACCCCUUGGGCAAGUCUCCCGUUAUUACGGAUGGAGACCUGACCAUCGCAGAGAGCGGUGCUAUUGUCGAGUACAUCAUUGGAAAGUAUGGAAGGGGAAGGGCAGACCCCCCGGAAGCUGGGAAACUCGAGAACCUGUACUGGCUGCAUUAUGCGGAGGGCUCGUUGAUGCCUAUUCUCGUGCAAAAACUCAUCUUCGGCAUCAUACCAUCGCGCUCGCCGUUUUUCAUCCGCCCCAUCGUCUCCGGCAUAUUCGGCCAGCUGACGAAAAUGAUCGUUGAACCCCAGCUCAAGACGCACUGCGAAUUCAUCGAAGCUCACCUCUCCAAAUCCGGUGAUUGGUUUGCAGGUGGAGACCAUCCGACCGCCGCGGACUACAUGAUGUUCUUCCCGUUGGAAGGUAUGAUGGACCGCAAUGUCAGCUACAUCGGACCCAAAUCGAAGGCGUACUUACAACGCGUCAAUGAGCGGCCGGCAUACAAGAGGGGCAUAGAGAAGGGCGGCGAGUUCCAUCUAUAGGCGACAUCGGGUAGCGUCGGGUACUUCGCCCACAUAUACAUACCAUUAUCUCAGUCGAACGACUCU